AUGCGUUUAAGUACGCCAGUGAUUGUAGCCAUUACAGGCUUUUGUAUCUUACUUUUGGCCCUAUUUUGCACAAGUGUGAUUUUUCCCCAACUGGAAAAUUACUUAAUAAGGAAAGAAACCGCGUUCGUUGAAGGGAGCAAAACGUUUGAAAGUUGGAAAAAAAUCCCGUUUCCGUUUAAAUUAAAAGUCUAUUUUUUCAACGUGACUAAUGUUGACGAUUUUCAAAUGGGGGCUAAACCGAUUUUUAAGGAGAUCGGACCCUAUGUUUACGACGAGUUUCGAGAACGGGAAAUUUUAUCGAUAAGUGAAGACAAUGACACUGUCAAAUAUAACCAAAAAAAAACUUAUUUUUUCAAUAGAGAAGAAUCGGGGUGUCGAACUGAAGAAGAUACAGUAACCAUAGUUAAUACUGCUGCAGUGGGAAUUGCUCAUAAAAUUUUUAAACUAGCACCAGAUGCAAUGGAUAUAGUAAACGAUGCUUUACCAUACCUGUUCCCUGGAAUUAGAAAUAUUUUUGUGACAAGUUCAGUACGCAAUAUUUUAUUUGAUGGUGUUAAAAUGUCUUGCGAAUCGGAAGAAGUUUUAAUGAUUUGUGAUGGGUUAAAAUCUAGACGACCAGCUAGUAUUCGAACAGCUGAAAACAACAGAGACUAUUUGAUUGCAAUAUUCCAUCAUAUGAAUGGAACUGCUGAUGGUCCUUAUGAAAUAAAACGAGGGCUUAAAGACUCAAACAAAGGUCAGGUGGUCUGGUUCAAAGAAAACAAUAUGUUGACUCAAUGGAAUGGUGACUGCAACACAAUUCGAGGAACUGAUCUAACCCUCAAUCCAAAUUUGAACGAGUUACCCAAAAAAAUAUAUUUUUUCGCCGCUGAUUUCUGCCGCUCAUUUUCAGUAAAAUUCGACCAGGAAGUGGUUUAUUUAGGUCUCAAAAGUUACAAAUUCAAAAACAGUAAUUUAUUUCACAUUGAAAAAAAUUGUUUUUGUGAUAAAAACCCGGAUAAUGAAGCACCAGGAUGUACACCGGAUGGAACUAUGGAUGUGAGUCCUUGUACAGGGUCCUCGGUCAUAAUCUCGCAGCCACACUUUCUAAAUGGGCAAAAAUCGCUACUAGACUAUACUCAAGGCCUCACACCUAACGAACAUAAACAUGGAACUUUUAUCAUAAUGGAACCGAAAACCGGUUUGGCACUUGCCGUAAAAACACGGUUUCAAAUGAACGUUUAUUUACAGAAUUUUGACGAUGUUGACCUACUUGCAAAUGUUAGCGCCGGCUUUUUCCCAUUUCUUUGGCUUGAAAAUGGUGCUGAAGUUCCUCAUAGCAUAAUUGACGAAAUCCGAGAAAAUUUUAACAAACUGAUGGUUUUUGAUGCAAUAAAGUACUUGUUGAUUGUCCUCGGAGCGAUUUUGUUAGCGGUUUCAAUAAUAUUAGCAAUGAAUCAAGACAAAGUCUUGUGCUUCACGAGCAAAAGUAAUUCCGUUGGAGCUACUCAAAAUAACCAAAUUGCUAAAAUCAUGAAUUUGAACUCGAAUAAUAUUGCACUUGCACGGAAUUGGGAAAACAUCAAUAAUGCAACUUGGAAAAUUGUGGAAUAAAGAACUUACCUUACAUAAUGGCUUGACCUAGAUAGGAAAAAUG